GCCUGCCCACCUUGCCAGCCCCCAGAAUGGGCGCCAGAAGCAGGAGCCAGGCGCCGGCCUGGGCCCUCAUGACCCUGCUUGUGGUGCGGCUGGCAGAGACCCAGACCCCUGUGGAGUGGGCUCCAGGGUACACAGAGCCUGCCGCUCAUGAUGCCAGGGUGGAUGGUGCUUAUCACACGUCUUCGUCUGCCCAGCGCCUGACCUUUAUUCCACCCCUCGACGUCUUCCCCAGUGUAAGCUCCCUGAACCCCGCACACACGGGGCGCGUCUGCAGCACCUGGGGCGACUUCCACUACAAGACCUUUGAUGGCGCCGUCUUCCGCUUCCCCGGCCUCUGCAACUAUGUGUUCUCUGCGCACUGCGGCGCGGCCUACGAGGACUUCAACGUGCAGCUGCGCCGCGGCCUUGUGGGCGACAGACCUGCCAUCACCCACAUUGUACUCAAGGCCCAGGGGCUGGUGCUGGAGCUGUCCAACGGCUCUGUCCUGGUUGACGGGCAGCGGGAGGACUUGCCCUAUAGCCGUGCUGGCCUCCUGGUGGAGCAGAACAGUGACUACGUGAAGGUCAGUGUCCGGCUGGUGCUCACCUUCCUGUGGAAUGGACAGGACAGUGCUCUGCUUGAACUGGACCCCAAGUUUGCCAACCAGACCUGUGGGCUAUGUGGGGACUUCAACGGGCUUCCAGACGUCAGCGAGUUCUAUGUGCACAACACCAGGCUGAGCCCUCUCCAGUUCGGGAAUCUGCAGAAGCUCGACGGUCCCACAGAGCAGUGCCAGGACCCGCUACCCUCGCCGCCCGACAAUUGCACGGGGGGGGAGGACUUUUGUCGCCACGUCUUGCUUGGCCCAGCCUUCUCAGAGUGCAACGGUCUGGUGGACACCAGUGUGUACGUGGCUGCCUGUGUCCAGGACUUGUGCCGCUGUCCCUUGUGCCCCUGUGCCACCUUUGCUGAGUAUUCCCGCCAGUGUGCCCACAGUGGGGGCCAGCCGCAGAACUGGAGAGGCCCCAGCCUUUGCCCCCAGACAUGCUCCUCCGGCAUGGAGCACCGGGAGUGUGGCUCACCCUGCACCGACACCUGCUCCAACCCCCAGCGCUCCCAGAUGUGCGAGGACCACUGUGUGGAUGGCUGCUUCUGUCCCCCAGGCACGGUGCUGGACGACGUCACACACGCUGGCUGUCUGCCCCUGGCCCAGUGCCCCUGCACCCACGGCGGCCACACCUUUGCUCCUGGCGCCUCCUUCACCACCAGCUGCAGCUCCUGCACCUGCUCUGGGGGGCUAUGGCAGUGCCAGGAGCAGCCGUGCCCAGGCUCCUGCUCUGUGCGAGGUGGGUCCCACAUCUCCACCUACGACGAGAAGCUCUAUGAUGUACAUGGUGACUGCAGCUAUGUGCUGUCCAAGAGAUGUGCAGACAGCACCUUCACUGUGCUGGCUGAGCUGCGCAAGUGCGGCCUGACAGACACUGAGAACUGCCUCAAAGCGGUGACACUCAGCCUCAAUGGCGGGGACACGGCCAUCCGUGUCCAGGCCAGCGGUGCUGUGUUCAUGAACUCCAUCUAUACCCGGCUGCCAGUGUCGGCAGCCAACAUCACCAUCUUCAAGCCUUCGUCCUUCUUCAUCCUGGUGCAGACAGGGCUCGGCCUGCAGCUGCAGGUGCAGCUGGUGCCCAUCAUGCAGGUUCACAUUACGUUGGACCCCUCAUACCAUGGCCAGAUGUGUGGCCUGUGCGGGAACUUCAACAGGAACCAGGCAGAUGACUUCACGGCCUUGAGCGGAGUGGUGGAGGGCACAGGCGCCGCCUUCGCCAACACCUGGAAGACCCAGGCCUCCUGCCCCAACGCCAAGAACAGCUUCGAGGACCCCUGCUCGCUCAGCGUGGAGAACGAGAACUAUGCCCAGCACUGGUGCUCGCUGCUGACUGACUCCUCUGGAGCCUUCUCCGCCUGCCACUCCACUGUGAACCCCACACCCUUCCACUCGAACUGCAUGUUUGACACGUGCAACUGCGAGAGGAGCGAGGACUGCCUGUGUGCUGCGCUGGCCUCCUAUGUGCACGCCUGUGCCGCCAAGGGCGUGCUGCUCCGCGGCUGGCGGGACGGCGUCUGCACCAAAUACGUGAGCAGCUGCCCCAAGUCCCAGAGCUACAUGUAUGUCGUGGACGCCUGCCAGCCCACCUGCCGUGGCCUGAGUGAGGCUGACGUCACCUGCGGUGUGCCCUUUGUGCCUGUGGAUGGCUGCGUCUGCCCCACGGGCACCUUCUUGGAUGAGGCUGGUGCAUGUGUGCCAGCCCAUGAGUGUCCCUGUUACUUCCAUGGCAAUGUGGUGGCGCCCGGGGAGGUUGUGCAGGACGACGGUGUGGUGUGCUCGUGCUCGCGUGGGAAGCUGAGCUGCCUGGGAGCCCUGCUGCAGAGCAGCCCAGGGUGUGUGGCGCCUAUGGUGUACCUCGACUGCAGCAAUGCCUCGGCUGGUACUCCCGGGGCCGAGUGCCUCCGAAGCUGCCACUCACUGGAUGUGGAAUGCUUCAGUACACACUGCGUCUCAGGCUGCGUGUGUCCCCCGGGGCUGGUGUCGGAUGGGAGCGGGAGCUGUGUUGCCGAGGAGGACUGUCCCUGUGUGCACAACGAGGCCAGCUACCGGCCCGGGGAGGUCAUCCGCGUCGGCUGCAACACCUGCACCUGCAGGAACCGCCACUGGGAGUGCAGCAGCCAGCCCUGCCUGGGCACAUGUGUGGCCUACGGGGAUGGCCACUUCAUCACCUUCGAUGGCGAGCGCUAUAGCUUUGAAGGCAGCUGCGAGUACACACUGGCCCAGGACUACUGCGGGAGCAACACCAGUGCCAAAGGGACCUUCCGCAUUGUCACGGAGAAUGUCCCCUGUGGAACCACUGGGACCACCUGCUCCAAGGCCAUCAAGAUCUUCGUGGAGAGCUAUGAGCUGAUUCUCCAUGAAGGAGGCUUCAAGGUGGUGGCAAGGGGGCCAGGGAGCAGCCCUCCCUACAAGGUUCGCUACAUGGGCAUCUUCCUGGUCAUUGAGACCCGCAGUGGGAUGGCUGUGUCCUGGGACCGGAAGACCAGCGUGUUCAUCCGCCUGCCACAGAGUUACAAGGGCAGGGUCUGUGGCCUGUGCGGGAACUUCGACGACAACGCCAUCAAUGACCUGACCACACGCAGCCAGGCUGUGGUGGGCGAUGUGCUGGAGUUUGGGAACAGCUGGAAGCUCUCACCCACCUGCCCCGACGCCCCGGCGCCCAAGGACCCCUGUGUGGCCAACCCGUACCGCAAGUCCUGGGCCCAGAGGCAGUGCAGCAUCAUCAACAGUGCCGCCUUCUCUGCCUGCCGCUCUCAGGUUGACUCCAUCAAGUACUACGAGGCCUGUGUGCGUGAUGCGUGUGCCUGUGACUCAGGGGGUGACUGCGAGUGCUUCUGCACAGCCGUGGCUGCUUACGCCCAGGCCUGCCACGACGUGGGCGUGUGUGUGUCCUGGAGGACGCCAGACAUCUGCCCACUCUUCUGUGAUUACUACAACCCCGCCGGGGAGUGUGAGUGGCAUUACCAGCCUUGUGGGGCACCCUGCCUGCGCACCUGCCGCAACCCCAGUGGCCACUGCCUGGUCGACCUGCCUGGUCUUGAAGGCUGCUACCCCAAGUGCCCACCCAGCCAGCCCUUCUUCAAUGAGGACCAGAUGAAGUGUGUGGCCCAGUGUGGCUGCUAUGAUGCGGAUGGAAACUACUAUGACAUCGGUGUGCAGACCCCCACAGCCGAGAACUGCCGGCGCUGUCGCUGUACUCCGGGGGGCAUCCAGUGUGCUCACAGCACCGAAGCCUGCACAUGUACCUACGGGGAACAGACCUACAGCUAUGGGGAUGUCAUCUACAAUACCACUGAUGGCCUUGGUGCCUGUUUAACUGCCAUCUGCGGAGACAAUGGGACCCUGAUCCGCAGGGCCAUGGAGUGUCCCGGAACCCUGUCCACAUCACCGUUUACUUUCACCACCACCUCUGCCAUCCUCCCCACAACAGGCUCUCCAGACACCAUACCCACCAUGUGUACCAGAGAGGUCUGCCAAUGGUCUGCCUGGUUCGAUGGGGGUCGACCGGAGCCUGGCAUGGGAGGCGGGGACUUCGAGACACUUGCAGCCCUGAAGGCGAAGGGGUACCCAGUGUGCCCGAUGCCUGCCAACAUCGAAUGCCGGGCAGAACAGUUCCCGGGGUCACCCCUGCAGGAGCUGGGGCAGAAGAUAGACUGCGAGCCAACCCGGGGUUUGGUCUGCCUCAACAGUGAGCAGAGCCCCCCACUCUGCCACAACUAUGAGCUGCGCAUCCUGUGCUGUGAGCAAAGGCCCUGUGGUUCUUCCCUGCCAAUAAACACCUCCACAGCCACAGUACCCACACCCAAGACACUGUCGAGUCCCACCCUGAGCACAGUGACCUGGGAGACAGCGGUCCCCACAGGCACGGCUGUGACAGCCAGCUCUGGGAGUGCCAUAUGGCCUUCCACACCGCACACCGAGGUCAGCACAGCCAGGACACAGACAACCAUGGGCCACACGACGCAGGCUACCACCAGCCAGGCCGCCACCCGCUGUCAGCCCCGCUGCCAGUGGACAGAGUGGUUCGAUGUUGACUUCCCCACGUCGGGGGUCCCAGGUGGGGACAUGGAGACGUACGAAAAUAUCCGGGCCACAGGGGGCAAGCUGUGUUUAGCUCCAGAGAAGAUUGAGUGCCGGGCAGAGAACUACCCUGAGGUGAGCAUCGACCAGAUUGGGCAGGUGCUUACCUGUAGCCUGCAGGUUGGCCUGGUCUGCAGGAAUGAGGACCAGACAGGCACCUUCACCAUGUGCUUCAACUACAAUGUGCGUGUGCUCUGCUGUGACCGUAGCCACUGCCCUGGCUCUCUGCCCACUGCCUCCAGGCCCCACACCCAGACCCCUGUCACCUCAGCCACCAGCAGAGGGACAGAGCCAGGACGCUCCACGCAGACUAGCACCUACCCUGGUGCCAGCCUCUCUACGGUUCCUGAGAGUCUCUCUGUGCCACCAGCAGCUCCCAGCAGCCUUCCCCACAGCUCUGUGCAGCAGACUUCUGGGAAGCUGACCACCACAGCCAGGCCAGUGCCGACCUCCACUGCCUCGUUGCCCACAGGCCCCACAGCCAAGGCCAGCAGCUCCUUGGUGCCUCCUUCUUCCACCCCAGGGACUGUUUCCACUGCAGAGGUCCCUACUAGGACCCCACCGACAUUCAGUCCAUCUGUGGCCCCCUCCUCGAGGCUCAGCACACUCAGCCCCACUAUCUCUCCAUCACCUUGUUUCUGCCGUGCAUUUGGACAGCUGUUUUCACCUGGGGACGUCAUCUAUAAUAAGACUGACAGAGCCGGAUGCCACUUCUCUGCCAUCUGCAACCAACACUGCGACAUCGACCGCUUCCAGGGCACUUGCCCCACAUCCUCCCCACUGGUGUCCUCCAUCCCUGUGUUGUCACCCUCCCCACCUCCCCCUGGCUGUGACAAUGCCAUCCCUCCCCGGCAGGUGAACGAGUCCUGGACACUAGACAACUGCACUGUGGCCAGGUGCGAGGGCAACAACCAGGUGGCCCUGCUGCCGCCAGUGCCCAUGGCCAAUGUGACCUGCGCCAAUAAGCGCCUGCCCGUGAAGGUGUGGGAGCAGCGCCAGCCCUGCCACACCCACUACGAGUGCGAGUGCUCCUGCAGUGGGUGGGGGCACUCACACUACUCCACGUUUGAUGGCACGACCUAUUCCUUCCUGGGCAACUGCACCUACAUCCUGGUGAGAGAGAUCCGCCCGCGCCACGGGAACCUGAGUGUCCUCCUGCACAGCCACUACUGCAGCGCCGCCGUCCCCGCCGCCAGCUGUCCCCGGGCCCUGCAAAUCCUCUAUGAGUCAACGGAGGUCAUUCUCACCACCACGGCUGGCCCUGGUGGGACGGAAGAGAGCCUGAUCCUGUUUGAUGGCGUGCGAGUGAGCAGGGCCUUCAGCAAGAGUGGCGUGAGUGUGUCUGCGACUGCAGCCACCAACAUGCACGUCGAAAUCCCGGCCAUCGGACUGAACAUCACUUUCACCGGGAGCAUGUUCCAGGUCUGGCUGUCCUACAGCCGCUUCGGCCACAACACAGAAGGCCAGUGUGGUACCUGCACUAACAGCCAGGGUGACGACUGCCGCCUGCCAGGCGGCACCAUGGCCCCCACCUGCCAGGACAUGGCCCAGUCCUGGCAGGUGCCGGACAGCUUUGGAGAGGACUGCUGGCCUCCACCCAGCCCAGCCCCGAGCACCAGCCCCCAGCCCCCAGAGCCCAGCACCUCCGCCCCAUGCCCCCCUGGACCCCUCUGCAGGCUGCUGCUGAGCCCGAUCUUCGCCGAGUGCCACGCUUUGGUCCCGCCUGACUCCUUCUUCAGCAGCUGCGUCAGUGACCACUGCCGGACCAGCCUCCCAGAGGAGCCUUGCCAGAGCCUGGCAGCCUAUGCGGCCCUCUGCCGAGCCCGGGGCCUGUGCACAGACUGGCGCAAUGCUACCAGCGGGUUGUGUGAGCUGCCCUGCCCAGCCACCAAGGUGUACCAGCCAUGCGGCCCGGUGCAGCCAGCCUCUUGUGAUUCCAGGAACCAGAGCCCCCUGAGUGGGGGACUGGCUGAGGGCUGCUUCUGCCCCAAGGGUCAGCUUCUCUUCAGCUCCUACAAGGACAUUUGCGUGCCAGAAUGCCCCUGCGUGGGGCCAGACGGACUCCCCAAGUUUCCCGGUGAGCGAUGGGCCAGCGACUGCCAGGCCUGCGUGUGUGAUGCGGCCUCGGUGUCGGUGCAGUGCACACCUGUGCAGUGUGAGGAUCAGGGCCCUGCCCCACAGUGCAACCAGGACGGCUUCGUGACUGUGACCAGGCUGCAGGCCAACAACUGCUGCCCUGAGACCCUGUGUGUCUGCAAUGUGACCACCUGCCGCCAGGCGCUGCCCACCUGUCCCCCAGGCCAGGAGCUGAUCCAGGAAGAAGGCCAAUGCUGCCCCACCUUCCGCUGCCAGCCCCAGCUGUGCGAGUACAACGGCAUGGUCUACGGGGUUGGUACAAACUUCUCAGGUGUCACUCCCUGCCACAUGUGCACCUGCCUCUCUGGGGCCAGCCAGGAGCCGGUCGUGCACUGUGAGGAGAAGACCUGCAGCCCCUGCCCCCAGGGCUUUGUGCACUCCAGGGUGGCUGGGCAGUGCUGCGGGAACUGCGUGCAGACUGCCUGUUUCACUCCAGAGGGCCGGACAGUGCAGCCCAAUGAGACCUGGGUCAGCAGCCCUGUGGACAACUGCACCACGUACCUCUGCGAGGCCCAGAGUGGGAUCCCUGUGCUGAUACCACAGCCCACACUGUGCCCAGACGUGUCCCUCUGCAGGGGGAUCCUCAGGAGAACUGGCUGCUGCUACACCUGUGAGGAAGAAAAGGAUAUGUGUCAAGUCCAUGCCAAUGUGACCAUCCUGCGGUACCAGGGCUGUGAGGCUGAAGUCACUGUCACCUUCUGCGAGGGCUCCUGCCCUGGAGUGUCCAAGUACUCCAUGGAGGCCCGGACUAUGCAGCACCAGUGCAGCUGCUGCCAGCAAAGCAGCACCCGCCGGCAGGCGGUGACCUUGCAGUGCCCCGACGGCACGGCCAUCCAGCACACCUACACCCAGGUGGACGCCUGCACCUGCACCACAGCCUGUGUGCCCUCGCCCACACAGAUGGGCACUACCACUGGAGCCCUGCUCGAGGGCUUGCCCAACCACCAGAGCCAGGGCGCACAUCACUGACCAUAAGGACCUAGGGGACCUGUUCUGGAGCCCAUGAAGACAUGUGGGGCUCCCCUGGCCUCCACUCCCUCUCCCUCCAGCACCAUGGAGGCUGGACCAGCGAGGGCCACUGGAGGACAGUGCUGGAUGGGGGUCCUGUCCUGGGAGACCCUCAGGUCUCAACCUUCCUGACAUGCCAAGGGCACAGAGGCCCCAAAGCUGUGUUGGACAAGAUGGCUGCUUGCCCAAGUUGGGACCCCACAGCCUGCCUGCCAGAGCAACCUGGGACUGGGCCCACCAAUGGGAGGAGGGCAAACCAGGCUCACUGCAAUAAACUCUGGCAUUGUUUCUGUC